UGCAGCUGAAUUGUUUUGAGUGUUUUUAUUAAUCAUUGAACGGUAUUACUUGUUUCAUAGUAUAAGCAUGUAAUAUUAGUUAGUUUUUGCUUUUAUGUUGAGCAAUUCUUAGGACAAUCAGCAUAUAAACCACGCCCGCCACGACUCGUGUCAAAUGAUAACACAUGAGCACUGAUAACAUACCGCAACUGAGCAUCGUUGUAGUGGGAUUUCAUUGCGCAGAAUAAACCAAAAGUGCGUUGCACCUAGACGAUUUACGAGUUAUCUGCCUGAACAGUUCGUGCUUUCAAUUUUAUAAAGUUAUUUCGGCCAAAGGUUAUAAGGUUGCAUCCGGUGUAGAAAUGGAAUUAGACGGCAACGCAGUUCUGGCGAAGUCACUAAAGGAGCAGGGCGUUGAAUAUGUUUUCGGCAUCGUUGGAAUACCAGUUGUUGAACUGUCGAUGGCUAUGCAGGCCGAAGGGCUGAAAUAUGUCGGUAUGCGUAACGAACAAUCGGCUUGUUAUGCUGCACAAGCUAUUGGAUAUUUGACUGGUAAACCGGGAGUAUGUUUGGUUGUUUCGGGACCGGGUUUGCUGCAUGUGACUGGAGGGAUGGCGAAUGCGCAAGUAAAUUGCUGGCCACUGUUGGUUAUCGGUGGUUCAACAUCCCAGGAUCACGAGGGUAUUGGAGGAUUUCAAGAGUGUCCUCAAGUGGAGUUGAGCAGACCAUACUGCAAAUAUGCAGCAAGACCUCCAAGUGCGGCCUUAAUACCGAUGCACGUAGAAAAGGCCGUACGAUUAGCGUGUUAUGGUAGGCCUGGGGCAGCGUAUCUGGACUUCCCCGGCAAUCUUUUGACUGCAAAGAUAGAGGAGGAUGCUAUACCCAAGCAGUAUGUCCAUCCGCUUCCUCCGGUACCAUUUCCCGAUCCAAAGCAUGUUGAAGAAGUAACACAAUUACUUUGCACUGCAAAGCGUCCGUUAGUGAUUGUUGGCAAAGGCGCAGCCUAUGCCAGAUCAGAGCUGCAAGUUCGUCAAUUGAUACACCAAUCCAAUCUUCCUUUUCUUCCCACACCUAUGGGAAAAGGGGUCGUUCCAGAUCUUGACCCUCAGUGCAUAGCUCCUGCCCGUACGUUAGCACUGCAAAAAGCGGAUGUUGUUCUGCUGCUAGGCGCUCGCUUGAAUUGGAUAUUGCAUUUUGGCCGCCCGCCGCGUUAUAGUUCGGAUGUAAAAAUUAUUCAAGUGGAUGUCAAUGCGGAAGAAAUGCAUAAUAGCGUACUCAGCAAGGUGGCCGUUCAAUCGCAUAUUACUCCCUUCACUGAGCAACUUAUAGAUGCACUAGCAAAGAAGAAUUUCCGCUUCGGGUUCGAUAACCAAUGGUGGAAGGACCUGAGGGCAAAAUGUGAGAAAAAUCGUAAAACAGUUGAAGAGAUGGCGCUAAACGUUGAAACACCCCUGAAUUACUAUGCGGUAUUCCACCAUUUGCAACAGUACAUUCCCAAAGAUGCUAUCAUAGUCAGCGAAGGUGCCAACACGAUGGACAUUGGUCGUACCCUUUUGCAUAACAAGCUUUCGCGUCAUCGUUUGGAUGCUGGUACUUUUGGAACGAUGGGUGUAGGUCCGGGAUUCGCCAUUGCUGCGGCUCUUUACUGUAGAGAUCACUGUCCUGGCAAGAAGGUGAUUUGUGUGGAAGGAGAUUCUGCAUUCGGGUUUUCGGGAAUGGAGCUGGAAACGAUGGUACGCUACCAGCUGCCUAUAGUAAUAGUCAUAGUAAACAACGGAGGAAUAUAUGCUGGAUUUGAUAAGCAAACAUACGAUGAUAUGCGUUCCGGUGGCGACCUAACGCAAGUUACCCCAGCUUCAGCAUUGACGCACGAAACACGCUACGAAAACAUGUUGAACAUGUUCGGUAUGAAGGGACAUUUCGUGCGCAACAUUUCGGAUCUUCAAAAUGCCGUCAAGGAAUCUCUUACGGCCACAGACCGGCCAAACAUCAUAAAUAUUGCAAUCAGCCCGCAGGCAGAUCGUAAACCACAAGACUUCAAAUGGCUCACAGAAUCGAAGCUUUAAUCUGAUCACGAUUGGACAUUUAAUGCAUUUUAUUCGUUUUAACUUUUAGCGGUGCUUGGUAAACUUAUCGUUAGGAUGCGAAAGGUGUGUGAACAAAGCCGAUUACACUGGGAUCAAAGUAAGGAAAAAUUAUAUGAUGUAUUGGGAAAAUAA